CAAGAACCUGAUGGUAUUGUAGUAAUUAAAUUCAAAGAGAAAAUCAGCGCUGAGGCUUGUGUCCUGAAAAAUAACGGACGAUUUUUCAGUGGACGUCGUAUCGAAGCUGAAAUAUAUGACGGAAAGCAAAAAUUCAAAAAGACUACAUCCCGAGCAAACGAGACUGAAGAGGAGGAAGCAGCUCGUUUAGAGAAAUAUGCUAAAUGGCUAGAAGAUGGAGGUGGAGGUGAACCAGAGGUUGAGAAACCUGUUGAAAAGAAAGAGAGAAUUCCUGCUGCUUCUAUUCCUAAGCCUAAGGGUAUACUGAAAAAGGGUAAAUCAUCGUCUACUGCUUAUGAUGUUACACCUCCAAGAGGGCGAGAUCAUGAUGAUGCUUAA